GCAAGCCAGUGAAUUUGGUUGGUUGACCUACGAUUUCUUUCAAACUUUGUAAAGUUUCAAUUUCAUCGUGUUCUUCCUAUUGAAGCAAUUAUUAUAUAUAAGCCCAUGUCGUCACAUAGCACUCAUGCUGGUUAAUGUGUUCGUAUCGACGAAUGAACAUCGUUAACGUGGACAAUUGGGUUUAUGUUUUACUGUUCUAGACUCACGUAAUUAUCUAUCAAUGAUACCCGUCGUAUCGUUUGAAGAAGUUGUGUGUUUCUAUUUUUAAUUUAUUGUUUUUUAUUAGGUUGUUAACAUUCUUGGACUAAUCCAAUAAUGGAGUUGCAGUGCAAAGUUCAAAAUUACGACUGGGGCAAGUUGGGCCUGGAGAGUACAGUCGCCAAGUUAUUGUCCAGUGCUCAUCCUGAAAUUGCCAUUGACCAGUCCAAGCCUUACGCUGAACUAUGGAUGGGCACACAUCCCAAUGGACCUUCAAUGAUCAUAGACCGAGGUGUCCUGCUCUCUGAGUACAUCAAAGACAAUUUGGAUGCCAUUGGACCAGAAGUAAGAAAGAAGUUUGGAGUCACUGUGCCCUUCUUGUUCAAGAUCUUGUCUAUUAGAAAAGCUUUGUCUAUACAAGCUCAUCCUAAAAAGGAACAUGCAGAGGAACUUCAUAAGAACUUUCCGGAUAUGUACAAAGAUCCAAACCAUAAGCCAGAGCUUGCCAUUGCUCUGACACCAUUUGAAGCUCUCUGUGGCUUCAGACCACUGGUGGAGAUCCAGAACUUUCUUAAAAAAUUGCCUGAGGUUGCCAAUAUGUUGUCUAAAGAGAGCGUAGACAAUUUUUUAGCCCAGCAAGAACAAGGAGACAGUCAAAUAGUUCUCAAACCAGUGUUUCAUUCUCUGAUGACCAGUGAUAAAGCUGUUGUAGCCAACACCUUAAAAACUUUGCUUGGGAGGUUAGAGAAAGAAGAUGAAGCCACACAGUCAUCUCUCCUAUACCCACUGCUAAAACGACUGCAUAAUGACUUCCCCGGAGACGUGGGCUGCUUGUCACCUUACUUCAUGAAUUAUAUGCUGUUGAAUCCAGGACAAGCCAUCUUCCUAAAGCCUAAUCUACCACAUGCAUAUUUAAGUGGAGAUUGUGUAGAAUGCAUGGCGUGUUCCGACAACGUGGUUCGCGCGGGCCUCACGCCCAAACACAUCGAUGUACCGACUCUAGUCGAUAUGUUGGACUACAGCAGCUAUGCGCAAGAGCAGUUGUUGUUCAACCCACAGCUAGAAGACUGCAACUCUUGUGUAUGGAGACCACCUGUACCGGACUUUGCUGUAGUUAGGAUAAAGGUGGAAAGUGGCGACUCCUACAACACACAGAACCGGUCCAGCCCCAGCCUGAUCAUCAUCACAUCAGGUCAGGGCGAGGCUUGUGACACAGAGCCCAUAGCUGCUAAGCCAGGAGUCGUGAUCUUCCUGAAGGCCAGUCGCCAGCUGACCUUGACGCCCGCUGAAGGUCAUCACCUCGAAGUCUAUCAGGCUAUCUGUAAUGUAUGAUGACUGAUGAUGUAUGAAGGUCCGUUUCACUAACUCCAAGUAUGAGUAAAAUAUAUAUGGACAUUGAAUGACCAUACAACUAAUAAAUGACAUGAACAUGUAAUAUUAAAAUCUUUUGUCUGAAUGUGUUAAAAAGUUCGGGCUUUUCUUGGAAGUAGUAAAAAAGGCCCCUAAGUAAGUAGCUUACUUGUUACAAAUAGUUUAGGAGCGAUUGUACUUCGAAUAGUUUCGCUUUUAAGGCUUAUUUACACGAACCCAGUAUUCAGGAAGGCAACAUUAUCCAAGUGAACAUCUGUAAGAACAUUUGGUACUCAUAGUUGCAAAAGUUAUUAGAUCUGCUUUGUACCUUAUACGGCGUACGUAAUAAUGAUCAUGAUGAAAAAAUACAACAUCCGAAUUGAGAACCUACUUUUUAGGUAGUCGAUUAAAAUAAAGUACAUAUACACAAUAGAGAGUACAUGGUCAUAAUAGGUUUUUCAUCCCACCAUAUCGGAAAGAGUAGGUAGUUUUGCACUUCGAUAAGUAUCUGAGUGCCGAAUCCGUUUUUAUCCUCACGAGCGGCAAAGUGAUUUGAAUUUAGAACAUCAUGUGCAAUACUUAUAUUAUAUAAAUGUCUAGAUGGAGCGUCAAGUGCAUGUAAGCGUGUCAAAAAGUGUCAGCCAACAGUUGGCUGACAGUAGUGUUGCCAAUAUUACCAGCUUUUAGGUAGAUCUACCAACUUUGCCCUCAGGCCGCAUCCCCAUCAUGCACGACGCGGCGCCGUGCCGUACAACGUUACGACGUCGUCGCCGAGCCACGGCACGGCGCCGCGCCGCAGCACGGUGCCGCCAUCGCCAUCGCCAUCCAUUACCCAUUCGUGCGAGCGCAUCAACAGCGAAAUAUCGACUGAAUGGGUAAUCGAUGGCGCACCGUUGCCGGCACCGUGCUGCGGCGCGCCGAUCCUGUUGUCGGUAAUUUGGUGUCAAAAUCUCUUACCGAAACAUUACAAUUAUCUUUGAGUCGUUAAUGAUUUUUUUGAUGCCAAAUUGGAUUUGGCUUAAAAAAAAUGGAAUUUGGGCAUGAACAAUGCUAUAAGGGAAGGUAAGUAAGUUCUCCCAAGUACGUUGCGAGUUUUCCGUACAGCCAGGCGGGACACAUCCUGCCAAGUGUUGAGCUACUAGAGGCCUGGCGCCUCGGGGAACCCGCUUCAGUAUUGGAAUUGUGUUUUUGAAUUUCGAAAGCCUUUUCCAUUACGGUUCCAAAGUCGAUGAGCCGGUUAUUGUAUUCGUUUGAGUUGGGGUAAUAGGAACUGCACAUUAAGGUUUGUGUAUCUUCCCAAUGUGCACGUUCAAACCCCGCUUACCUCUAAAAAACCGUGCUUGGGGGCACAGCGGUAUCCAGAGAUGUUGAAAGUUGACACGCACUUAAACCACUUCCAUCACUAUUACUAUACAUCUGGGUGCCUCGCUUACACUUACAGCUAUUUAUACGUCUCACGAAAUAAUAUUUACACAUACUCUUUACAGCUGUCAGAGAGACACAUGUAUUCAGCUUCUGUACUUGAUAGAGCUACAGUGCGUUGUUUCCUACUCUCCCACGAUACUGAAGAGUUUCCUAAUUUGAACACAUACGUCUGUCUUCGCCACGUCCCCAAUCAGCAUCAGCAUAAGCAGUGAUAGUUAAUUCACCUUUAACAAAAGAUAAUCGCAAGUCCUUUGUACCUUUUAAGUAACGAAGAAUUCUUUUAAACACCACUUUAAAACCUUUUCUAACCAUUUCACUAACUGAUAACAAGUUUGCUGUUAAGUUUGGUACAAAAUAAACAUUAGAAAUUGUCUUAAAAUUACCAUUUUUCAAUUAAUAACAUUUUAGCAGGUAAUAACUUGUCACCAUUUUUUUUUUCUUACAACGUUUUAUCAUUCACAAAAUCACUCAAGACUGAUCUGUCACGACACAUAUGGCCUGUUGCACCACUAUCUAUGUACCAUGAUGUACUAUUGAUGUUUGCUGAAAGUGCGGUAAGUAAUACCUUCGAAUUAUCUGUAUUUGUUUUAGGAUUCUUCUUGUUUACAUUCUUCGGGCAAUCCUUGAUAAAAUGUCCCGUCUUUCUGCACUUGAAACAAAUAGAAGGCCGCUUGCGUGCAACUACAGCUAGAGCACUCUCAGUCUUGUCAUCUCUUCGGAUAUUUUCCUGCAAUAGUUUCCCUUUGACUAUCUCGCUUGACAAUUUUAAAUUUGAAUUUUCCAUUGCCAUAAUCAGUGGGUCAUAGUCCGCAGUAAGACCGCUCAAUAUGAUGACUGCUAUGAAGUUACUUCAA